UCACUUCUCUAUCUGAAUUUAACAACAAAUUGCAAAAUUCAAAUCUCCAGAAAUCAUAAAUACAACAAACAAACUAAAAACACUCUCUCAAAUUCAAUUCAAAUUUGAAAUUUCAUCGUUUUACAUGGAAACACUAAACCAACAAGAUUGGGAAGUCGUCAACGAAGACGGCUUCAUCUUCCGCCGUCCCAAGCGUCUAAAUCUCGACCUCACCAACGCCUCCGCCGCCGCACCACCGCCGGAUCCGGCAGCUGAAGCCAAAGCGCGCGUAGAAAGAAAGAAAAGGGCUCUAUUAAAGCUAAAAUCCAAGUAUGGACAAGAGAUACGUCAUUGGGAACUUUUAUCAAACACCUUGCAGGCAUUAGAAAACCGCACCUCAAAUCAACCAAUUCCGACAUCACCGCCGGCGCAAGAUCAAACCGUCGCUGUUCCGCCGGAGAGCUCCUCGGAUUCUGCUUCCCGGGAACUCGCUGAUACCCUUCUGGCUCAGGUUUCAGCUCAGGAAGCUACAAUUAUUGAGAUUUCAAGAUUGUGUGAUGGUGUGGAAGCCUUAUGCGAAGACGAAGAACAACGGCUGAAGCAACGGUUUAUGGAUUUACCGAUUUGGGACCCGUCUCCACAAGAGCUAAUGACAGCAUUAGUAGAAGAAUGAGGUUUUAACUAUGGGUGUAACCUAACAGUAAGCUAGAAGAUGAAACCUUGAUCACAGGGUAAAAUGUGGGUAAGUCUCUGUUACUAUUGGGAAUUUGUUGUGAUAUAUUUUCGUGUUUAGUGAACGUAGAUAGAUUCAGUGAGCUAGAAAGAUAUGAUUGAACAAAUAUUGGGAUACUUAUGUGUUAGAGAAGAAGCACAUUGUUAGAUGUAAGGACCUAGGUUAGGAGACUUGGUUGGUUUUUGUACAAGCGUCGGAAUGUAUUCGAGAUUUUGUAUAAAAAAGCUUCGAUUUAUCAACUACUGUUCUCAGAUUGAACUCCCAAAGUUUGUCUUUUCAACUCUGCUUUCCCCAUUAGAAAGGACUUUCAAUAGCAAAGAACCUGUUAAUUUUGAGAUUAGACUAUUACGGCUUUAAGGAUCUCUAAUCGAACCAUUGGCAGUUGGCAUUUCCCCAUUGGUUUGUAAGUUUGUUUGAUAUUUUCUUGGAUUAUAAGAAUUUUACGACAGUACCAUGCUUGUUGAUUGAACAUUGAAGUAGGUGAUGGUUUUACGAUAUUAAAAAUAUGAUUUAACCAAGGGCAUCAUCGCCAGAUUCAUGUCAAGUGGCUUAUAGUACUUUUACCUUUAGUGAUUAAAGAUUUGAUUGUGAAGUUUGCAGCAUGACUUGACUUCUAUCAUUCUAUGUAGUGUGGUUCACCUUUUACAUAGCUAAGAGCACCAGGAAUGGGGUUGGCGUCGGCGUCGCCCACUGGGAGUCCAGUGCCGAACCGAUCCCCAUGCCGCCCCUUUUGUAUGCGUCUCAUACCUGAUGCUCUAAAAUGGGUGAAGUUUUGAAUUCGUAUCAUUGGACUAUCUUGUUGAGCUAAACUGCUGGCAGUGAUGACCAGAAUGUUGUACUAAAUCAAGUUAUAUUGCUUGCAUUACUUAUUUAA